UCCGCUGCCAUGAAGUUUCUUGCCGGUCUUGUCCACGUCGCCGUCGCGUCCCAAGUCGUGUUCGACAGCCGCGACCCCCUCGCCAAGGGUGCCUUGGGCACCCCCGUCUCGAGAAAACACGGCGCUGCCGUGCAAUUCCGCACCCCCUCAGCCGCGGAAGCCGCGUGCGGUGCGGCGGGGCUCACCGUCGACCAUGUCACCUUUACGGUAGACACGUCCAACAUGGGCGAGGACCCGUCGUUGUGGCUGCAAGUCGACUUAUGCCCUUCUGUCAACGACAUGCCCAACUGCACCAAGUCCGACAAGUCUGCCCGCAUCCCCAUUGACAGGUUCGCCAAGCGAGUCCCGUUUGAAUGGUUCCCUGCCUCACCGAUCGUCCUGGAUCCGCUGACCUCGUACUGGUUCACCGUCCUCUCGAACGGGGAAAACGAGAAAAUGUUGCCGAUGUGGAUGGACGGCGCCAAGGAGUUUACCUCCAUCAACGACCCCGAUGACUACGUCUUGACCGCGUACACGAAAGGCGGCUCCUGGUAUGUCAACGCCCCCUUUGGAGACCGCACCGUGCCGUCGAUGCAAGUAUACACCAACUAAACUAAAUACUAUCCUUCGUUGUGGGUGUAAGUUCCGAACGACGUCGA